AUGCCGCGGCCGUCGCGCGACUCCUACUCCGAACAGAAGCCUCCUUACUCGUAUAUUUCUCUAACGGCGAUGGCCAUCUGGAGUUCACCAGAGCGCAUGCUGCCUCUAUCGGAGAUAUACCGCUUCAUCACGGAUCGGUUCCCAUACUAUCGACGCAACACGCAGCGCUGGCAGAACUCGCUGCGCCACAACCUCUCCUUCAACGACUGCUUCGUGAAGGUGCCGCGGCGGCCCGACCGGCCCGGCAAGGGCGCCUACUGGACACUGCAUCCGCAGGCCUUCGACAUGUUUGAGAACGGCUCGCUUCUGCGUCGCCGUAAGCGCUUCAAGCUGCACAAGGGCGAGAAGGACAACCUCAACGCGGAGCUGGCGGCACUCGCGAGCUUCAACCGGCUCUUCCUAUCGACUCAGGGCGCAGCGCGCGUGCCGCCACUAGAACCCUUCCACGUAACGCAGCCGGACACUUGCAUGGUUAAAGUGAAACCUAAGAAAUCAUUUACUAUCGACAGUUUAUUAUCUAGUGACGGUGAAAUAGAAUCGAGUGACGAUUCCGUGAUGUUAGGUAGCGAAGGCAGUUCUUUGUUGCCGUACCAACCCGAGGUGCUGGCGAUGGCCGCCGCGAUGUGGCCCACACCCAUCUGCUUUCAGAUUCCCUUAUUCAAUCCUUUACAGUUUACACUCCCCUUUAAUCCAAGUAUACAUAAUUUUGGAGCCUACCAAUUGACAGAACAUCGGUAGUUUUUGUAGCUUUAAAAUGUGGCAACUGUUUGUUGGUGUUGCUUUUUA